UCGCAUGUAGCGGCACUGUGUUCUCCCUCGGCUUCUUGCUCAACAAGUGAUUCCAAAACAAUACUUGGACUCUGCAACUGCCUUCCUCUUCCUUUCUUCUUCGAUCCGUAUUCCGUAUCCCUCUGUGUAUAUAUAGAUAGAUAGAUAGAUUUGUUGGGAGGGUGCAAUAAUCUCUGGUUCGCGUUGCUUGAAACAAGGAUAGCGACGAUGAUGAUCAGAAUUCGGAGCAGAGAUGGGCUCGAGCGGGCGACGAUCGACAAUCCGAACAUCACGAUCGCCCAGCUCAAAACCCUAAUUGAAUACCAACUCAGAGUUCCCGUCGCCAACCAAACCCUAUCCACCAAUCAGAACCUCCUCCUCGCCAAAACCCUAGCAGACAUCGCGCGGUUCACCGACAUGUCCAAUCCUCAAACCCCGAUCUCCAGUCUCGGCAUUGCGCACGGCUCGAUCAUCUACCUCUCCUACGAAGGCGAGCGCACCGUCUCAGGCCCCAAUUUCAGCCCCGCGGGCUCGUUUGGCCGGAAGAUGACCAUGGACGAUCUGAUCGCCAAGCAGAUGCGCGUCACCCGCCAGGAAAACCCUCACUGCGAGCUGGCGUCUUUCGACCGCGACGCCGCCAACGCGUUCCAGCACUACGUCAACGACUCGCUUGCCUUCGCCGUGAAGCGCGGCGGGAUUAUGUAUGGGACCGUGUCGCCCGAAGGUAAAGUGGAGGUGGACUUCAUCUACGAGCCGCCGCAGCAGGGGACGGAGGAGAAUUUAGUGCUCUUGCGGGACCCCGAUGAGGAGAAGCUGGUGGAAGCGAUCGCCAUGGGUUUGGGGAUGAGGAAGGUGGGAUUUAUAUUCACACAGACGGUCAGUCAGGCUAAAAAGGACUACACUUUGUCGAAUGCAGAGAUUUUACAGGCGGCCGAGUUGCAGGCGGAGGGCGACUUGAAGGAGUGGGUCACCGCAGUGGUGAAACUGGAGGUGAACGAGGAGGGUGAUGCUGACGUGCACUUUGAGGCGUUUCAGAUGAGUGAUGUGUGUAUUAGGUUGUUUAAAGAAGGGUGGUUCGAGACCGAGGCUGGGGAAGAUGCUGAUCCAAAGUUGUCCAGGAUGAAGAAGGAUGUGGUUGUUGGUGUGAAGGAUACCAAGGAAGUUGAUAAUGACUUCUUCUUGGUGGUAGUUAAGAUAUUCGAUCACCAGGGUCCACUUUCAACAAACUUUCCUAUUGAGAACAGAAUUACAGGAGUGACAAUGAACGCACUGAAGAAUCAUCUGGAGAGAAUGAGGGGUGUUACAUUUGUGAAGCGAAUUUCUGAUUUUCAUCUGCUGCUAUUGCUGGCCAGGUUUUUAGAUGUGAAUGCCGAUGUUCCUGCAUUGGCAGAGUGUGUACAGAUGCAAACGGCUGUGCCAGAAGGUUACCAGCUCCUAAUUGAGUCCUUGGCCAGUGCUUCUUGAUAGCUCUUGCAACGCUGUGUGGAACUGAUAACACUCGUCUAUUCUUUAUGCCUUUUGGAUGGUCUAGACCACGCAUUGAUGCUUGAACUCAAAGAUGACUAGUCCAGUGUUCCUAGUUCCCUCUGGGCUAAUGUGCCUGGCCCCGAAAGCCCCUUGCUUUGACUGUAACAGAUAUCUAAAUACCAUAAUCCCCGUGUGUCUGGAUAUUUAUAUUUUAGAUAAAUUUGAGUGUUUCUAGUACUAUGCCAGUUUAUAAUUUAGGAUGAACAUUUUCUGCUUCAAAUUAAAGUUUGUAUGCUAUACAUGGUUGGGUUGUUGUUUAUUACACUACAGUUUCUAAUGGUAGCAAAUCAAAACCUAUGUGCCAUGCACUGGCAGCUUGGAAA